CUGUAGGAGUGCUCACAGAACGGUGGUGCUUGGAAGGGACCACUAGGAAUCAUCCGGCCCAACCCCGUGCUAAAGCAGCACCACAUCAUUUGGUAGAAUAUAACCUUCUAGAUGGGCAUUUUCUUCCAAAUAAAGUAGAUCUUCGUCAGGUAAUUGUAUUGCCAAAAGCAGAAUGGGAAAGGAUUCAAGACAAUCUUGGCGGCACAACCAGAGAAGCAGCACGCAUGCUUGCUGAGAAAAACAAACGGGAAGAAAUGCACUUACGCUCCAAAGCUUCCAUAAAAGACUGUCCCAAUACCAUUAAGGACCUGGCACAACAGAAACUUAAAGCCAAAAAGUUACGUGAAGAAAGGGAAGAGGAGGAAAGAAAGAAACUUGAUUUGGAAGAAGAACAGUUCCAAGCAGCAAAACGGAAGGAGGCUAUUGACCGUGCCAAAACCUACCUAUACUAUCAAAACGAAAGAGUGAAAGGAUUACAUAGUGCUCUUCUACUUGCAGAGGUCCUAAAAGAAAGAGAUGCUCAAGUUGAAUUUAAAAAGCUAAAGUCAGAUGUUAACAAAAAGAAGGAUGGAGAAGAGGAAUGUAAACAUGAAGAAGCUCUUCUUAGAGAGCAAGAAAAGGCACAUCAGCGUUACAUGAAUCAACAAGCACUACGCAGAGACCAGCUGGAACAAAUAAAGGAGCACAAGCAUCAAGCAGAUCUGGCCAAGCUAGAAGACAAAAGAGAAGGGGAAGAAAUACAGAGAUUGAACCGACUGUACCAACUGGAAAUUCAGAGAGGAAAAGAAAAGGAACAGGAGCAAAAAGUUGAACACCAGAGGCUGUAUCAUGAACAUGUAACUGAGCAGAAAAUAAUCAAAGCAGUAGAGGAACAGAAACAAAUGGAAGAAGAUGAACGGAUUAAAGCUCAUUUUAAAGCAAAGGAAACUAUUGCCAAGUUGAGAAAGAAGAAAGAAGCUGAACUGCGUAGAGUAAUGCAGGAACGUCAAGACAAAAUUGUUAGACAAUUAGCUGCACAAAUGAGUGAGACGUUAAAGAAGGAAGAUGAUCGUCUUGCUAGAGACAUUGCAAAAAAAGAAGCUGAACACCAAAAAAAAUGCAAAGAGAAAGAAGCAAAAGAAAAGGCUGCCAUUGAAUCUAUUGCUGAACACAGAGCCACUGUGAUGCAGAUGAAAGCAGAAAAGGAGAGGGAGGAAAAAGCAGAGGGUAAAAGUGAACUUGAUGCAUUAAUAGAAGAGAACCGCAUCUACAUGGAAAUGGAAAAAAACAAGAAACAAAGGCAACGUGCUGCAAAUAUGGAAGUGCAGAAAAUUCAGAUGCAGCAAAUGGCUGAAAAGCAGACAAAAAGACAGCAGGAAAAGCAAGCAGAUUUGGACUAUGAAGCUCAGAAAAAGGCUAUUGCGCUUAGUAAGGAGCAUGAAUUUCAGAGCUAUGCAAAGCAAGUAAUUGAAUCAGAGUCCAAAACCACACAUCAUCUUUAUCCUCUUCUCAAAGCAUGCAGAGAUGUCAGAGGACUGACUGGGCCAUUUUCCAGAGGAAGAGAAGGAAUAAAUAUUAGUUUUCAAGCAUAGGAUGGUGCUGGGACCCAGUGUUGUAGCUGUACUAUUGCUCAAGAAGUUAAAAACAAGAAAACACAAGAAAUAUCAUUGGGGCUAUUCAACAAAUAA